CUGUAACACGGCGGAGUCUGCUGUAAUGGUUCCCAUGCGAAAGAGCUGAGCUGACGUGUCCCUUAUUUUCCAGUUUCCCGGCAGUGGUUUUACAAAAUGAAUGCUUUUAAACGCGACAAAAAAGAGGAAGAAGAUGGUGGGGGAAACCCAUUCCAAAAUCUGGAGAAGACAACAGUCCUUCAGGAAGCCCGUACUUUCAAUGAUACCCCGGUUAAUCCAAGGAAAUGUGCGCACAUUCUUACAAAAAUAUUGUACCUACUCAAUCAAGGAGAACAGUUGAGUACAAUGGAAGCCACCGAAGCAUUCUUUGCUAUGACAAAAUUAUUUCAAUCCAGAGAUGUUGUUUUAAGACGGUUGGUGUAUUUAGGCAUCAAAGAACUAAGUUCUUUGGCAGAAGAUGUAAUUAUAGUUACAUCUAGCCUGACAAAAGAUAUGACCGGGAAAGAAGAUUUGUACAGAGCUGCAGCGAUAAGAGCGCUGUGUACCAUCACUGAUGGUGGAAUGCUGGCAGCUAUCGAACGUUACAUGAAGCAAGCGAUAGUUGAUCGUUCUCCUGCUGUUUCCAGUGCAGCCUUAGUUUCUUCCUUGCAUCUAACCAAUGUAUCUGGAGAUGUUGCACGCAGAUGGGCGAACGAAGCCCAAGAAGCAUUGAAUUCCAAUAAUGUCAUGGUUCAGUAUCAUGCCCUUGGUGUUUUAUACCAAGCGCGUAAAGCAGACAAACAUGCCGUGAUUAAACUGUUUGCAAAGCUCAUGAGAAGUAGCCCAAAAAGCCCUUAUGCGGGGUGUAUGUUAAUCAGAAUCGCAUGUAAAUUAUUAGACGAAGUUGAUGAACGAUACGAGUUACUAAAAUUCAUUGAAUGUUGUUUACGCCAUAAAUCGGAAAUGGUAGUGUACGAAGCUGCACACGCUUUGGUCAAUCUCGGAGGAUGCGGUUCAAGGGACAUCAGUUCCGCCAUUAGCGUCCUUCAAUUAUUCUGUGGGUCUCCAAAGCCAGCUUUAAGGUUUGCUGCUGUUAGAACCUUGAACAAAGUUGCCAUGACCCACCCAGCAGAGGUUACUGCUUGCAAUCUAGAUUUAGAAAACUUAAUUACCGAUUCGAAUAGAUCAAUUGCUACAUUAGCAAUUACUACUCUUUUGAAAACCGGAGCAGAAAGUUCAGUCGAUCGUUUGAUGAAACAAAUCGCUACUUUCGUAUCCGAAAUUUCGGAUGAAUUUAAGGUCGUAGUUGUACAAGCCAUAAGGGCUCUGUGUCAAAAGUUCCCUCGUAAACACGCGGUUUUAAUGAACUUUCUUUCUGCCAUGUUGAGAGACGAGGGAGGACUCGAGUAUAAAGCAGCAAUCGCAGAUACGAUAAUCGCCGUUAUGGAAGGGAAUGCCGAAGCCAAAGAAGCAGGCUUGGCUCAUCUUUGCGAAUUUAUCGAAGACUGCGAACAUAUCUCUCUCGCAGUUCGCAUUCUACAUUUACUUGGCCAGGAGGGACCAACUUCGAAACAGCCAUCCAGAUAUAUUCGUUUCAUAUAUAACCGUGUUAUUUUAGAGAGCGCCAGCGUACGUGCGGCAGCAGUUACCGCUUUGGCACGUUUUGCUGCGGCAUGCCCACCGUUGCUUCCAAACGUGCUCGUUCUUUUAUCACGUUGUCAAUUAGAUUCCGACGAUGAAGUUCGCGAUCGCGCCGCUUAUUAUUGUACGAUUCUUCAACAACAAAGCGAUCUUAUUGUUUUGCCUCUGGUACAACCUCCUCUUCUAUCUGUACCCAGUUUAGAAAGGGCUCUACGAAAUUAUAUGCGAACGCCAAUGGACGAGCCAUUUGACAUCUCACAGAUACCACCAGCUCAAACGGCAGAAGAACCGGCACAAGUGGAGGUACACGCAACCGUGAAACAACAGCCUCGUUUAACGCGAGAAGAAAGUUUCAUGGAGAAAUUAUCGCAGAUACCACACUUGUCGAUGAUCAUUCGCGAUUCUUCGCUACUGAAAUCCUCGCCCGUCUUCGAAUUAACAGAGUCAGAAACAGAAUAUAACGUUAAAUGCGUUAAACAUACAUUCACGGAUCUUCUCGUGCUGCAAUUCGAUUGCAUGAACACCCUUUCCGAUCAGUUACUCGAGGACGUGAGAGUAGCAGUUGAACCACCCGAAGGCUAUAGAAUUGUGUGCGAAGUUCCAUGCCCGCGUCUACCGUACAAUGAACCAGGCACAACUUAUACAGUAUUAAAAUAUCCAGAAGAUGUUCAUGCUAGCGUUGCUACUAUUCCUACAACCUUACGGUUUAUGGCUCGCGAUUGCGAUCCUGCAACAGGUGUUCCAGAUGCCGAGCAAGGAUAUAACGAUGAAUAUAUGCUGGAAGAUUUGGAGGUGACUUUAGCUGAUCAAGUUCGAGGAAUGGGAAAUGGUGGACUAGAUUUCGGUGCUGCCUGGGAAGCAGCGGCCGCAAAAGGAUUCACCAAAAUGGAGGAAACAUUUGCCCUAGGACCAUCAGUGACUAGUUUGAAAGGCGCGAUUCAAAGUCUCACAGGAUUCUUAGGAUUGGAGCCUGUAGAUCGAACUAACCGAGUACAGUCAGGAGCUGUCUCCCAUAAUUUGUUACUAAGCGGCAUUUUCAGAGGAGGGAAAGAAGUUUUUGCUCGAGCAAGAUUAGCGUUGUCAGACAGUCAAGUAACGAUGCAACUUUCUGUAUUAUGUCAAGACCCAGACGUUGCCGAAUUAAUCGUUUCUUCAGUAGGAUAAAUUGUUAUCAUUAUGUCAACUACACGCGUAUCGUACGUCAGACGAAUGAUUUCUUGUAUGAAAAUCGAUAAUCUAUCCGAAGAUCUUUUUAUUUUUAGUACCGUAAGAAUAAUGUUACAAAAAGAUCAUUGUGAAACGGGGCUUUUGUAAAAUCCCUAUUUCUAUGUAAUACUUUGUACAUAUAAUUACAAAAUAAUUCUUUAAAUAA